UUUGAGGCCAACCGACAACUGGUCACACUGCUCUGGUCGCGUCCAAAAAGUGUACAAUUUUUCACCACCUCGGUUUGGUUUUUCUUGAGCAGGUGAAACACCUUCGAUUAGAUCCAUUUCCGAUUUCCGUUUCCGAUCCGUUUUCGGAUGAUAGCUCUGAGUGCGCUUCUAACCAAAUAUACGAUCGGUAUUAUGAGCAACUUAAGCAAUGGCAAUAAUAACAACAACCAGCAGCAACAACAGCAGGGGCAGAACGCUCAACAGCAACCACAACAGAAUGAAGGUGGAGCGGGGGCGGAGUUUGUGGCGCCACCGCCCGGAUUAGGUGCCGCUGUGGGCGUGGCAGCCAUGCAACAGCGACAACGCCUGCUGCAACAGCAACAGCAGCAGCAACAACAUCAGAAUCCCGCCGCCGAAGGAAGCGGAUUAGACCGCGGCAGCUGUCUUCUGCGAUAUGCCAGCCAGAAUUCUUUGGAUGAGAGCUCACAGAAACAUGUGCAACGGCCAAAUGGCAAGGAUCGCGGCACAGUGGGACAAUACAGCAAUGAUCAGCACACGGCGCGAUCCUUCGACGCGAUGAACGAGAUGAGAAAACAAAAACAACUCUGUGAUGUGAUAUUAGUGGCCGACGAUGUGGAGAUCCAUGCCCACCGCAUGGUAUUGGCCUCGUGCAGUCCGUACUUCUAUGCGAUGUUCACCAGCUUCGAGGAGUCGCGUCAGGCGAGGAUCACCCUUCAAAGUGUCGACGCCAGGGCUUUGGAGCUGCUUAUCGACUACGUUUACACUGCCACUGUGGAAGUUAAUGAGGAUAACGUUCAAGUUCUUUUAACUGCCGCCAAUCUGCUGCAGCUCACGGAUGUCCGAGAUGCCUGCUGUGACUUCCUGCAGACUCAAUUGGACGCAAGUAAUUGCCUGGGCAUCCGGGAAUUCGCUGAUCUUCAUGCCUGCGUGGAGCUUCUCAACUACGCAGAAACCUACAUCGAACAACAUUUUAACGAGGUGAUCCAGUUCGAUGAGUUUCUGAACCUCUCGCACGAGCAGGUCAUCAGCCUGAUAGGCAACGACCGGAUUUCGGUACCAAAUGAGGAGCGCGUCUACGAGUGUGUGAUCGCCUGGUUGCGCUAUGAUGUCCCGAUGCGGGAGCAGUUCACCUCGAUGCUCAUGGAGCACGUGCGACUACCGUUCCUGUCCAAGGAGUACAUAACCCAACGCGUGGACAAGGAGCUUCUACUCGAGGGCAAUAUCGUAUGCAAGAAUCUCAUCAUUGAGGCUUUGACCUAUCAUCUACUGCCCACGGAGACAAAGUCGGCUAGAACAGUGCCCAGGAAGCCGGUGGGAAUGCCCAAGAUUCUGCUUGUUAUUGGUGGUCAAGCACCAAAAGCUAUACGCUCCGUAGAGUGGUAUGAUCUGCGAGAGGAAAAGUGGUACCAAGCUGCUGAAAUGCCCAAUCGCAGAUGCCGAUCCGGCUUAAGUGUUUUGGGUGACAAAGUCUAUGCUGUUGGAGGAUUCAAUGGCUCCCUUCGCGUGCGCACUGUGGAUGUCUAUGAUCCUGCUACAGAUCAAUGGGCCAAUUGCUGCAACAUGGAGGCCAGGCGAUCUACCCUAGGAGUUGCAGUACUGAAUGGUUGCAUUUUCGCAGUAGGAGGAUUUGAUGGCACAACUGGACUUUCAAGUGCCGAGAUGUAUGAUCCCAAGACUGAUAUCUGGCGGUUUAUCGCCUCCAUGUCAACACGUCGCAGUUCCGUGGGCGUUGGCGUGGUUCAUGGACUCCUUUAUGCCGUUGGCGGCUACGAUGGCUUCACUCGUCAGUGUUUGUCUUCCGUGGAGCGCUACAAUCCGGAUACAGACACCUGGGUAGCUGUGUCGGAGAUGAGUUCGCGAAGGAGUGGCGCCGGAGUGGGAGUGCUAAACAAUAUUCUCUAUGCCGUGGGUGGACAUGAUGGUCCCAUGGUCAGAAGAUCCGUGGAAGCUUACGAUUGUGAAACGAACACAUGGCGUUCGGUAGCUGAUAUGUCAUACUGCCGGCGAAAUGCCGGAGUAGUAGCGCAUGAUGGCCUGCUGUAUGUUGUCGGUGGUGAUGAUGGCACCUCAAACCUUGCUUCCGUAGAGGUCUACUGCCCAGACUCGGACAGCUGGAGAAUAUUGCCUGCACUGAUGACCAUUGGACGCAGCUAUGCGGGCGUGUGUAUGAUCGAUAAGCCCAUGUGAAUGGAAGAGCAGGGUGCAUUGGCCCGCCAAGCUGCUUCGCUGGCCAUCGCACUGCUGGAUGAUGAGAAUAGCCAGGCGGAGGGCACGAUGGAGGGCGCCAUUGGUGGUGCCAUCUAUGGAAAUCUGGCGGCGGUUGGUGGGGCUGCAGCAGUAGCAGCUCCAGCUGCGCCGCCUCAAGCUCCCCAGCCAAAUCAUCCGCACUACGAAAACAUCUAUGCGCCUAUUGGCCAGCCAAGCAACAACAACAGCGGCGGUAACAGCAAUCAAGUUGCACCCGCCGCUAAUGUCAAUGUCAAUGCCAAUGUCAAUGCCAAUGCCCCUGCAAAUGCCGAGGAAAUUCAGCAGCAACAACCACCACUGCCAGCUGAAGCCAAUCUUAAUAACAACCCGCAACCACCAACAGCACCAACUCCAUCACUACCACAACAACAACAACAACAGCCAACACAGCCAUCACAACAACAACCUCAACGCUUACUGCCUAUGAAUAACUAUAGGAAUGAUUUAUAUGAUCGAUCUGCCGCGGGAGGAAUCCUUGGAUCGAGUACCUCUGCCGCCGCUUAUGAUGUUCCGAGAGCCGUGAGAUCUGGCCUCGGAUACAGACGUAACUUUCGCAUAGAUAUGCAGAAUGGAAAUCGCUGUGGGAACGGACUGCGCUGCACUCCACUUUAUACAAACAGUCGAUCCAACUGUCAACGCCAGCGCAGCUUCGACGACACAGAGUCCACAGAUGGCUACAAUCUGCCUUAUGCCGGAGCAGGAACAAUGCGAUAUGAAAACAUCUAUGAACAGAUUCGGGAUGAGCCACUUUACCGCACAUCCGCUGCCAAUCGAGUACCGCUCUAUACACGUCUCGAUGUUUUGGGUCAUGGAAUCGGAAGAAUUGAAAGACAUCUUAGCUCCUCCUGCGGCAACAUCGAUCACUAUAAUUUGGGAGGACACUACGCCGUUUUAGGACACUCUCACUUUGGGACUGUGGGUCACAUUCGAUUGAAUGCCAAUGGUGGAUCGGGAGGAGCUGGAACUAGCGGUGCUGGAAGCGGAACUUGUAACGUUCCAAAUUGUCAGGGUUAUAUGACAAGUGCUGGUUCCACUGUACCCGUAGAAUAUGCCAAUGUUAAGGUUCCUGUGAAGAACAGUGCCUCCAGUUUCUUCAGCUGUCUGCAUGGCGAGAAUUCGCAGAGUAUGACUAAUAUUUACAAAACAUCUGGAGCAGCAGCAGCUGCAAUGGCUGCCCAUAAUUCCCCAUUAUCGCCAAAUGUGUCCAUGGAACGGGCCACGCGAUCUGCUUCCGCUGGAGCCAAUGGACCAGCAGCAGCUAUUGAAGAGAAUUCUGUUGCGGAUAAUAUUCCAAGUUCAUCGAAUGGUGUUACCAAUCGGACCACGGGUGCCAUUCCAAAGGUCAAAACAGCCAACAAGUCAGCUAAGGAGUCGGGAGGGUCUUCUACGGUUGCAUCGCCAGUUUUAGAUAAAACUACAUCCACAGGAACAGGGAAAAGUGUAACUUUGGCCAAGAAAACUUCUACAGCAGCAGCACGAUCCAGUUCUUCUGCAGAUGCCAAUGGUAAUGGAACUUUAAAUCGUAUCUCUAAGUCUAGUCUGCAAUGGCUACUAGUUAAUAAAUGGCUGCCACUGUGGAUUGGCCAAGGACCCGAUUGCAAGGUGAUCGAUUUCAAUUUCAUGUUUUCUCGUGACUGCGUAAGUUGCGACACCGCAUCGGUGGCGUCCCAGAUGUCGAAUCCGUACGGAACUCCUCGUUUGAGUGGCCUUCCUCAGGAUAUGGUGCGUUUCCAGAGUUCUUGUGCAGGAGCGUGUGCUGCUGCCGGAGCAGCUUCUACUUUACGAAGGGAUACAAAUGCAGCAGCUCGGCCACUGCAUAGCACUUUAAGUCGCCUGAGGAACGGAACUGAGAAAAGGAUUCACAAUAGAGUUGCUGGAAACUAUCAAUACGAGGAUCCUUCGUAUGAGAAUGUCCACGUUCAGUGGCAAAAUGGUUUCGAGUUUGGAAGAUCACGUGACUACGACCCGAAUUCCACCUACCAUCAGCAGCGUCCCAUGCUGCAAAGGGCGAGAUCAGAAAGUCCCACGUUCAGCAAUCAGCAGAGGCGUCUUCAGCGACAAGCUGCCCAAGCUCAACAGCAAACACAGCAGGUGAAGCCUCCAGGAUCUCCAGAUCCCUAUAAAAACUACAAACUGAAUGCGGAUAACAACAGUUUCAAGCCCAAACCAACGGCUGCCGAAGAACUCGAGGGAGCUGUUGGCGGAGCAGUAGUUGAGUUAUCUGCCCCAGAACUGGAAACGGAAUCUUUAGAUCCUGUAAACUUGAGUGAUAAUGAGACUGAGACAACCAGCAGUCAAAACAACCCUUCAGGCACUACCAACAGCAGCAAUGCCAAUGAGCACAAUGAUUAGAAAUCGAUUUAAUGGAAGUUUGUUACGGAAGAGCAGCGUUUUAUUAAUUAUUUAUAGUUAAAUGUCUCUAAAAAGGGUUCUUCGAAAUUUUUUAAGGAUUGUAAGAUUUUUGUAUAUUUUUUAGAAUCAAAAGUGAUAACAAUUUAUAGUAAGGAAGAUAGUUUUUACUCGAGUAUUCAAUUACAAUUUGCUAUGUAAAAGUAAUUUUUCAUAAGAUUUAUAUGUCUUUUGAGACUAUAAUAUGUCCCACAGAGAACUUUGACUGUAUGGAAUUUUUAAUAACAACGCUGCUCUACGAAAUUGGAUCUCAGAAAACAAAAAAACAGUAAAAAUUAAUCGACCAAAAAAAACUCGAGCAAAUUCAAAAUACAUUUUAACAAUCAAAAUAAGGAAAACGAAAAAUAUUUAAAACAUUGUAGAAUUUGAUAUUACUAUAGAAACGGGCAACUCUGUAUAACCAGCCAAAGCUCAAAAUCGAAUAUUAUGUUGCAUACUGUAGAUGUAGUUGAAACAAGAAUUUUUGUGUGUCAUGUCGAGUUAUAGUAAACCUAAGAGCCAUACCAUAUCACUCUCCGUAACCAUUUAUAGGCAUACCCAUAAGCAAUAAUGCAUUUGAUAUGAUAGUUCCGUUUCACUUUCCACUGCCUACUCUAAUUUCCACUACACAUUGGCAUUUGUCACAUGCACGUUCUUUGUUAAUUACCUUAAGUUGUGGCUAUAAAUCGAAACAAUAAUAAUUAAGUUAGCUAUUGUAAAAGCUCUCUAUUCAAAAGCUAAUCGUUUAAGUCAAUUAGAGUUACAGGUAUUAUUUACAUGCAUAUAUAUACAAGCGCAUAUACAAUACUCCAAAAUCGGUACAUAUAAAUAUAAUCAUACUUACAUGUGUAUUGAGUUUAACUAAUUCAUAAUAAAAUAGUUCAACGAA